AUGGAUAUCCAGAAAGAGCUCAUUCAGGUCGACGAACUGAACAUCGGGCUCGAUCGAUCACACAUCACUUACCAAGGGCAAAUUGAACUACCUGGAAACCACUCCGGAAGUAGCAGUGACGACAUACCUCACUCACACGAUCUCAACAGAAGUACGGAGGAUCAUGUUUCGUCAAACACGUCGUCUACUAGCAGGAUAGUCAACAAGGUUCGGCAGAAGAGACAUAAUGCCGGUGUCAAGAUUAGAAAGACCCUGCAUAUCGCAAAGCCAGAAGAUGAGGCUGAGGAGCCCGAUCCAGAUUCGAUAGUACUUGUUGAUACUACCGAAAUAAAGGAAUCGAACUCACGCCUUGACCACAAGUCUACAGCAUCGGAGAAGCACACACUGAAGGACCUUUUGCACAACCCGAUCGACACGGUGAAAUCUGCAGGAUGGUGUCAGGGAAAUCAAGAAGUUGCAGCAAACAUAGCUGUAAGCGAAAUUCCUCAUGGCCGGGAGGUGGAUUUGGUCAACGUAGCGACUGCUGUGAAUCAGGCCAAGACAGGAGCCAAAAAGGCGCAGGCUCAAGAGAAUCUUGCUGAGAUGCUCAACCAGCGGCAAAGUACUUAUGUUCGAUGGUCGCUCGAUCGACAUGUUACCAAGAUUAGAAUACUACCACGCGACACAGUGGUACUGAAGCCUAGAUCGGACUUUGAAAAAGAGGAUACCGCAGGCCGUACCGUUACUGACUGGAGAGCUUAUGGCUCGCACUUACUGGACUAUUACGCUCAUCGGUACGGUGGACAGUACAUUGGAUUCGGCUCUGAUCCGCCGACACCCUCGAAGGAAACAAUCAUGCCAAACAUUGAGCGCCUAAUUGUUGCGACGUCACCGUUCCAGGAGUUCAUCAUGACCACCCGUCGUGUAUACAGAUGGGAGUACCCUGCCGAGACAACGAAGUACCUCGUAAUUUACAUUGUCCUUUGGUAUUUGAACCUCCUUUUACCAGGUGCUCUGUCAGUAGUAUUAUAUCUGGUCGCAGAACGUCGCUUGCACGGACAGUCUAUCGAGGACCUCCGCGAAGAUAUCAAACACCGCGAAGACGUGGAGAGAACAGCGCUCUCGCUCACCGAGUUCAUCGAAAAACAAGGCGAUGAGAACUGGGCGCACGAUCUCCUCCAAGAUCUCGGUCCCUGGCUCAUGGUUCAGCUAGCCGAUCUAGCAAACUUCUUCGAGAGUGUCCGCAACUUCUACGAAUGGAGAAAGCCAAUGCGCACACUAGCCGUCCUUGUAGUCCUCGCUACGGGUAUUCUCAUCACGGUCUUCACGCCUCUCUGGCUACUCAUCAAAGUCUCCACAUUCUCCGCCGGUUUCACCUUCUUCUGCCUCUUCCCCAUCUCCGUCAACUUCCCAAACUACCGCCUCCUCGUCUCGCCUUCAAAACGUCUGUUCUGGAAUAUUCCAACGCACGCUGAGUGGGCAAUUCAGUACAUGCAAGCCGAAGGUCUCCGCGUCGUCACUGAGAAGCAGAAUGCUAGCGCGAACACGACCACCCUGACGGAUACGAAUAGUCCUGACGCUGCUGCCUCAUCGGAAGGGCAGGACUUUGCCUCGUACUCCUGCCAUUACGAUGGAUCGCCAGGACGUCUCAUCAUGAACCGUACAGGAGUACGUUUUGUCGCAAAGGGUCCAUUGCACCAAGGCCUCUUCUCUCUUCCGUAUGAUCGGAUUGGCUAUCUAGAGAAGCAAGACCGACAUGUGGAAAAGAUGGUCAAGGUGCUCAAGGAGUGCAACAAGGACUUGCGUCUCGUCGAUAGAGAUGAGCAUGAGUGGAUACUGCAUGAAGUGGAAAAGAGGGAUGAGGCGUUUAGUCAGAUUGUUGGAUUUAGUCGGACAAGUUGGCAGGUUAUUUGGUAG